AUGGAGUCGGACUCUGUUGACUCUGUUCAAUGGACCGACAUGACUGAAGCCCUGAAUGGGCUGGAUCAGAGACGAACAAACAACACGUCCCAAGACCGCGUUAACCCUUUCUCUGACACUGUUUGCGACGGUGAAAUUCUCCAGCUCCAAAAUCUCGAGACUUGCGAUGCUUCCAGUGCUAGGCCAAAAGGCUUCGUGGCAGAGCAUCCGUCUUGGAAGCCGUCACAGUCUACCGGAAGCCAUGUCUCUUACUGCCUCAAGCCCAUUCUUCAGGAUGAAGACUAUACAAAUUCCGAGUGGGAAACCGUCGCACCUGAUGAGGACGUCAUUCUCAAACCAAGCAUCAAUCGCGGACAGCGUGUGCAAAACGCCGGCCGCUCAUUCCAGGCCCAUGAUUCUCUGGAUCGCGUUGGUCAACUUGCGGAGCGCACACAGUACAGAAAUACUGCUUUCAUUCCGACGACCUCGUCUCGCAACUUGGGUCGUGCAAUGACAAUGCUCAACAGCAAUCGACCCAAGCAUGCUUCUCAGUGGCCGCGAGCAUCCAGCGUCUACGAAGAUGACACUGCCGUCGACAAGUCUCAGCGUCAGGACUGGCACCCUGAAACCUUUCGCACUCUGGCCCAGAACCGGCCGGCCACACUGGGUUUUGGCCGGAACGCCCAAGGUGAACUGGUAGCCAGCUACUCCAAGUCGUCCAGCCGAGCGAGCAACGAUCCCUUCAAAUUCGACGGCGCAGACUAUUCCGUGUUUCUCCAGCCCUCGGCCGAGAAAGAAGUCAGUAGAGCUCUCUACCGCGCAGAAGCCUCCAGCGAAGCCCUGAGCACGCGCGUCUGCUCUCCGCAAAGGGGUGAACAGCAGAGUCUGCGGAGGCAGUUCCAGCCAGGCUCGUUUUAUGACAACGCCGCCAUUCAAUCCACUUAG